UAGUAGUGAGUAGUAAGGAAGGAUGGUGUAAAGCUGAAGAGUACUUCGCCUACCGCUUCUGUCUCCUUCCUCUUCCAAAUCCCAACUAGUAACGGAAAAGCCAUGCCCCAAGACCUUUAUACCAACAUCUUCUCAAUUAUAUGAGCUACUCAAAUAUCUGGAAUCCUCGUACUCCAUCUGAAAUAAUCUUCAACUUUGUUUCUUGUUUGUUAAACCUUGUACUCUGAUUCCUGAACAAUCUUAGCAAUAUUUUUUCGGAGCCAAAGUUACAGAGCGGUGGGAGGCUUUGAUUUAGGUUAUUGGUUUUGUGAUUCGAUACUCAAUAAGGAUUCAGUUUUGUUGCUUGAUUUUUUUUUUUUUUUAAAAAAAAAAAAAAAAAAGGAAAAGACCCUGAGAAACAAUGGCGGGGAUAGCUAUAGUUAUGGAUCUUCUCAGGAAAAACCCAAGUUUAACUGGCCGGACAGUCCAUUCUUAUGGGCUCUUCUCAGCUAAAGUUGCUGCCUCUGCUGCCGCCACUUCUGCAGCUGCCAUGGCUCCUUUUGCCACUUGGGCAUUUUUUGGUAAAGGUGUUCCUCAAGUUGCUUACUGUGAUGCUGGUGCAGCAAUAAAUGGAGAUUACAUAUCUCGCAUACGGAGUGUGUCUGAGAAUGUUUUUGAAGAGGAGGACUCUGUAGAUUACAGCACCAAAGAGUAUAUAAUUGAGCUAAAACCUUUGUUCUCAGCAUUUCAUUGGAAGACUCUUGCUUUGACGUCACUGAGGUCUUUUCUAUUAUUUUAUUUGCCUCUAUUGGAGCCACAUGCAAAUAUGGACGACGAUGAUGAUGACUUUCUGCAGGAUACUCACGAAGAACGUGUAAAUUUGGUUGUUCCUUUUAAGAAAUCUGUGAAGCAGAUUGUACGCGAAACCACUGUUGUAACUACAAGGCGCGUACUGGAAAGACUUGCUGUACAUUAUGUUUCACAGCGUUUGGCGUGGAAACUUCUAAAAGAUACGCCCAAGUCAGCUGCACGGAAGGCUCAAAGGGGAAUGCCUACUUCAACAUACAUCUAUUCUGUUGGCAGAACUACUUUUAGAGGACAUUUCCUUGCAGUUCUAGCAUCAUGGCUGGUCCAAGUUGGCAUAGAUGUGUACCGCUUCUUUUUGCGUGUAUGUGGUUCCAAAGAAGAAACUGAUGAAAUUGAUAGAGCAGCAGAACUUCAGCUUCUUGGAAGAAAGAUUUAUAUUGCUACUCUUAGGUGUGGUGCCUCACUCAUUUUUGCUUCCAUCGGGGCAGGACUAGGAGCAAUUAUUAUCAGGCCUACAACGGGUCAAUGGAUUGGCUGUGCACUUGGGGAUCUGGCAGGGCCUGUUAUAUUAUCAUUUUGUGUCGAGAAAUUAUUUCAUGUAGAGUUAUGACGCUUCUUCGUACCUAGUUGGAUUCUUAUGGAGGAAUCUUGGAAUUUGCAUGGAUAUCCGGGGCCGAUAAAGUUGCACUCUCGUUAAGCGUCGCACUGGUCGUAAGGGGAUCUUGAGAUGAUAAUGUGACUGUAUUACUAGUUUCUUCGUACGAGAAUUUGUUGAACUUGUAAUUGAAUUCCCAAACUGUAGCUCAGAUUUUCGUUCCAUCAUCUGUUCUUCAUUAAAUUAAAAAGGUAGUUUAAUUCUGUCGUUGCAAUUUGUAGUAUCUAUUUGAUAUUGGCCAAAGGAACAUUUGUUUAUUUUCAAGUUCAGCUAUGGAAUGUCACAAGUUUUUACUUA